AUGGAGAAGUUGGGCAUCAAGGAAAAGCAACUCCUGCCCAGUCAAACCGUGUUCCACGGCAUUGUCCCCGGACUUUCCUGCUCUCCAAUCGGCAAGAUCAAGAUUGAUGUCCUGUUCGGCGACAAGACCCACUUCCACCGCGAGCCAAUCUGGUUCGACGUGGUUGACCUGGACAGCCCCUACCACGCGCUCUUGGGCAGGCCUGCUCUAGCCAAAUUCAUGGCGGCACCGCACUAUGGGUACCUGAAGAUGAAGAUGCCGGGUCCCAAGGGCAUCAUCACCAUUGCCGGCGACUACCAGAAGUCGCUCACGUGCGCUGCUGCCAGCUCCCAGCUGGCCGAGUCCCUCGUCAUCGCCGAAGAGAAGCGCCUCCUUGACCGGGAUGUGGCAAUGACCAGCGAGCAGCCGGCCAUACCAUCCGACCCCAAGGACGCGGAGGCCCAGGGCUCCUUCCAGCCGGCCUAG